GUGAAGGGGAAAGCUGUACUUAUUACAGGUUGUGACACUGGAUUUGGCCAUGCACUUGCCAAACAUCUGCACAAGCUGGGCUUCAUAGUGUUUGCAGGAUGUCUUUUGAAGGAUAAAGAUGGAGAGGGUGCAAAGAAGCUGGAGGAGUUUCAUUCAGAUCGUAUGAAGGUAAUCCAGCUGGAUGUCUGCAGUGAGGAGCAGGUGAAACAGGCUGUGGAAUAUAUCAAGGACAACAUGGAGGACUCUGAAAGAGGUCUGUGGGCUGUGGUAAACAAUGCCGGUGUGUCAACAUUUGGAGAAGUGGAGUUUACCUCCAUUGACACCUACAAAGAGGUGUCGGAAGUCAACCUGUGGGGCACCAUCAGGGUCACCAAAGCUGUUCUACCAUUAAUCCGCAGGGCCAAAGGCCGUGUGGUGAACCUGGCCAGCAUGUAUGCGAGGAUGGGAAAUGUCAUGCGGUCCCCUUACUGUAUAUCUAAAUACGGCGUGGAAGCUUUUUCUGACUGCCUGCGCUAUGAGAUGAAGGGCUGGGGCGUUAAGGUGUCCAUAAUCGAACCUGGGAACUUCAUUGUGGCCACCGGCAUCCUGACCCGUGACAUUGUGGCCAGCACAGCCAACAAGCUGUGGAACGAGGCGCCCUCGAACGUGAAGGAGGAUUAUGGGAAAGCCCACUUUGAGCACCACAUGGGUCUGAUGCGCUCUUACUGCAACAGCGGACACAAGGAUGUGGCCCCUGUUAUGGAUGACAUCGCCGACGCCAUCAUGUCCAAGCGUCCUUACUCGCGAUACACCCCCAUGGAGCCACGCUGGUGGAUCAGACUGCAGCUGAUGACCCACCUGCCCGGCGCCAUAUCCGACUUACUCUAUUUCUAAAAGAGAAGCUGUUGCUGUGUUAGCUCCCUCUGUCUCCUUCUCAGAUCACAGAUAGCAGCAUAUCUUUUUAACUAUAUAGCACUGCACAGAUCUACAGACUUACCCUGAAGAGGGUUCUCUGUUAUGUAAUUCCUCAGCACUUGAAAUCAUUCACUGAUGAAGCCUUAAAACUUAAUCGUUUUUUAAACCAUAAGUAAAUUAUUGCACUUUGCUUUUUGUACAUCUUAGGAAAACCACAACUUUAUCUAUACAGAUAUACUCCGUGAUAAGUAGUAACUACUUUGUGAAGGAUAUCAGCAGGGCUCUGACAUACUCGUACCUAUAAACACUGCAUCUUUAUUGCUUUCUGUGGUAUUAUCUUUUUAAGAAAAACUGUGUUUGUCCCUUAUAUAUUUUGUUUUUUCCUGAUACUUGUAAUUUUUUCCUUAUGGGAAUCUUCUGGGGCCCCACUGGCAUGAGGACCAAAGCUGUUAGAGCUCAAGAGAAGGCUCCCACUGUUCUGUUGUGGCUGUCGCCGGAACAAACCAAGGUCAGCUACUGUAAGACUGUGGUGAGAUUUGGCUCGACUCGCCCCCAGAGUUACGUAACAACAACACAAGCCCACUUUGUCUCACAUGCUCCAGUAGAUCCUGCGUGCUACUUCGACAGUGGGGUUGAUUGAUGUGAUUAAUGGGCAUGCUUGAA